CCAGAAGGACUGUUUCCUCCCUCUCGCUCUUUCUCUCUCUCUCUCUCUCUCUCUCUCUCUCUCCGUGGCUCUCCCUCCCUCUCUCCUUCCAUUCCCAGAAAGUCCUUCAGAGGAAGAGGUCAGCGACUUGCAGUGGGGACUGCAUCAACUCCCAGUGGAUGUGGAAUACUCCCCGACACAGAUGGUUUCAUAAUAACCAGAGAGGAACGUGCGAAUGUGUGCAGCUCCUGGAGAAGAGAUGAAGGUCAUGGAGGUUAAACUGAUCACACGCCGAGUCGUCUUUAUCCUGCUGGCUGCCUCUGCGAGGGCUCAAGUCAACCCAGAAAUCUGUCGCUAUCCUCUGGGUAUGACCGGCGGGCAGAUUCAGGACGAGGACAUCUCCGCCUCCAGUCAGUGGUCCGAGUCGACGGCUGCAAGAUUUGGAAGACUUGACUUUGACAACGGGGACGGUGACGGGGCCUGGUGCCCUCACAUCAGGUUGGAGCCGGACGGCCACAAGGAGUAUCUGCAGGUGGACCUGCGCUCGCUGCACUUCAUCACGCUGGUGGGCACCCAAGGUCGCCACGCCGACGGGAUGGGUAAUGAGUUUGCCCAGCGAUACAUGAUCAAGUACAGCCGGGACGGCAACAACUGGGUGGGCUGGCAUGACAGGAAGGGAAGGCAGGUCAUCGAGGGGAACAGGAACGCAUAUGACGUGGUGCUGAAAGAUCUGGAGCCUCCCAUCAUAGCUCGCUUCUUCCGCUUCAUGCCGGUGACGGACAACUCCAUGAUCGUGUGCAUGAGAGUGGAGCUGUACGGCUGUGAAUGGCUCGAUGGCCUGGUGUCUUACAGCAUUCCAGAUGGGCACCAGAUGAUCUACAGAGGCCUGGACGUCUACUUUAAUGACUCUGUGUAUGAUGGAGCAUCAGCUGAAAGACUGACAAAGGGCCUCGGCCAGCUGACAGACGGCACCUGGGGUCUGGACGAUUUCCUGCACAGCCACAUCUACAGCAUGUGGCCAGGCUACGACUACGUGGGCUGGAACAACAAGAGCUUCGUCAGAGGUUACGUGGAGAUGAUCUUUGAGUUCGACCACGUCCGAAACUUCACGUCCAUGAAGGUUCACUGUAACAACAUGUUCAGCCGGGGGGUGAGGAUGUUCCGACAGGCCUCCUGUUACUUCCGCUCGGGCUCCGAAUGGGAGGCUGACCCGGUGACCUUUAGGCCCCCAGCCGACCGCGUCAGCCAAGUCGCCCGCUUUGUCACCGUGCCCCUGGGGGACCGCACAGCCAGCGCCAUCAAGUGCCGUUUCCACUUCGGUGACCUUUGGAUGCUGUUGAGCGAGGUGGCCUUCCAAUCAGGCUCAGCAGUGUACAACACAUCUCUGACUCCUCGCAAACAUGGACACCCCACAAACACUCUACCAGGGGAUGAUCCCACUCACAAAGUGGAUGAGAGCAACACCCGCAUCCUGAUUGGCUGCUUGGUGGCUAUCAUAGCCAUCCUCAUGACCAUCAUAGUCAUCAUCCUGUGGAGGCAGGUGUGGCAGAAGAUGCUGGAGAAGGCGUCUCGUCGCGUCCUGGACGAUGAGCUCACAGCCCGUCUUGCCAUCCAGACCGAGGCCUUCUUCUUCCAACACUCGUCCCUGUCCACGGAGGGCGGCUCCACCUCCAACUCCACCUAUGAGAGAAUCUUCCCUCUCUGCGCCGACUACCAGGAGCCGUCGCGCCUCAUCCGAAAGCUGCCUGAGUUCGCUCAGUCCACGGAGCACCUCGGUAAGAUGCUAAUAAAACACCUUGCACUAGAUACCGUGAAGGAUUGGGAUCAUUAUAGCUGCUGUGGUGUGUUGUGUUUGUGUGCAUGUGGUUCAGACGGUGCCCCCCACUAUGCAGAGGCAGACAUCAUCAGCCUGCAGGAGUCGGCCUCAGACAGCAGCACCUACUCCAUCACCGCUGUCAACAUGAAUCUCUUCGCUGGCACCGACUCAUCCAUGAAAGAGUUCCCCAGACACAAGCUCACCUUCAAGGAGAAACUGGGAGAGGGCCAGUUUGGAGAAGUGCACUUGUGUGAGGCCGAGGGCAUGCAGGAGUUUUUGGGCGAGGAUUUUUCUAUAGAGGGAAACAAUGAGUCUCCUCUGCUUGUCGCUGUGAAAACACUGCGGGAAGAUGCCAACAAGAACGCGAGAAACGACUUCCUGAAGGAGAUCCGCAUCAUGUCCCGCCUGAUGGACCCCAACAUUGUGCGUCUGCUGGCGGUGUGUGUGGACACGGACCCGCUGUGCAUGAUCACUGAGUACAUGGAAAACGGAGACCUGAACCAGUUCCUGUGCAACCUCAGGCUGAAGGAGGCUGCAGACGAAGACAAGGCCGAGCAGGAGGAGAGGGAGGGGACCAGCAUGGUCAGCUACUGUAAACUCAUUGGGAUGGCCGUGCAAAUUGCAUCUGGCAUGAAGUACUUGUCCUCUCUCAACUUUGUCCACCGCGACCUGGCCACACGUAACUGCCUGGUGGGGAAGAACUACACAAUAAAGAUCGCUGAUUUCGGCAUGAGCCGGAACCUGUACAGAGGAGACUACUACAGGAUCCAGGGCCGGGCCGUCCUGCCUAUCCGCUGGAUGUCCUGGGAGAGCAUCCUGCUGGGUAAGUUCACCAUGGCCAGUGACGUGUGGGCAUUUGGUGUGACUCUGUGGGAGGUCCUGACUCUGUGUAAGAAGCAGCCAUACUCCCAGCUCUCUGACGAGCAGGUCAUUGAAAACACAGGCGAGUUCUUCAGGGACCAGGGCAAGCAGGUGUACCUGCCCAAGCCUCUGUGCUGUCCUGAGAGAGUCUACAGUGAUCUGAUGUUGAGCUGCUGGAGGAGGAACGCCAAGCAGAGGCCGAGCUUUCAGGAGAUGCACGCUCAUCUGACGGAGAGUCUGGCGUAGCAGAUAGGACGUAGAAUCCCUCUCUGCCGAGCACUGCGUUGUUUGCUCUUUUCAGUAUUUAGGACUCACUUGGAGUCAGACACAACCUGUCAAAUGUUUGCAUUUAAUAAAGCCCUGCUUUCCUUAACGGUGCGGUAAAUGAAGAGGGUAUACACUUGAAUGGAGCCUUUUUGUGUAGAUAGUUAGAGCAGUAUUAACUCAGAGUAUUCACGCCUCUGUGUAUUUAUUAAGUUCUUUUAUAUGUGUAUUUAUAGAGUACGCCAAAGUAAUCCUAGGUUAUGAAACACAGAUGAUGUCUAAAAAUUGUGUCCUUGACAUACUGUAAGAACAUAUGUUUCUAUUGCACACGUAUAAGAGAAUGUCAGUACGUUUGUGUGAUCUUUUUCACUGUUUCUAUUUAUGCUUUACUAUUUUUUAACGUGAACAAAUGACACGAUAUUGACUGUUUUCUGAUUCAGGAUGUUUUUAACUAUGCAGAAUCUCUUUUAGAUGCUUUAUAAACAUGUUUACGUCCUUUUACAAGAAUAAAUGAAGUGUAUAUUGUUGAGCAGAAGCAAAAACCAAAGUUUUUUUAGCGCUGUCCAACCAAAGAGCCUUGUAAAUAAAUAAUAAAGCAUUAAUCUCC